GACUCGGACUGGUAUCAUCAAUGCUGGCAACGUAACAUGUAUUUUAUAAAAUUACCCUGCAACAAAAGUUAAUUAUGUAAACAUUUUAAUAGCGUAUUGCAAUAUUUUCGUUAAUCUCUUUAAUUUACGCAUGAAAUACAGCCUUAAUAUUCACAUGAAAUUUUUCGUACAAGAAAUCACGAUUGUAAUACAGAAAUUAUGGAAAAAACGAGACGUAAGUUUAUUUAAUAUGCGUAUGUACAACAGAAAUUAGUAUACUACAUAAUAUGUUUAUUAUGUAUGUAUAUAUAAUUUCUUCCGAGAGAAGAUAUGCCUUUCACACAAGCCUUCGGUGAUGAAUCAAUCAUAUUUGAAGAGAUGGACGGCAAGUUUUGUUGUUGCGAUGAUAUAGUAAGCUGUGCAACAGAAAAUUUAUACAUAUAUACGUUACAUUAAGAUUGCUUCAUUUUACAAAGUUGAUAUUUGAAGAAUUGUACGUAUAAAAUAUAUUAAUCAAGCUAUUAAAUUGUUCACUGGAUUUGUUCACUACAUAUAGUUAAUUUUACAUGUAUCACAAGAUCAUGGAUACAUUCCCUGCGCAAAGGUAUGAGACAAAGAUUGAAUCUUUCGACACGUGUAUGAUCGAUACUACAAAUCAACAGCGAGAAAUAUCACAAACAGUGAGCGAACAAGGUUCUUCUCAAAGUAUCGAGGUAGAGAAUCAAGAAAAUCAUGAAGCGCCUACUUUACAUCAUCAACAACAAGAGUCACAACAACAACAACAUCAAGACCAACAGAAUCAGAUUUCACAAAUUCAGUCGAACACUCAGCAAAGCAUGACUCUUACUCCAAUUCGAUUGCCAGCUAUUCUUGAUGGAGAAUUUUUUACAGUAAUUAGGGUAGAAGAUACCAAUGUUACAGUGCGAUGUUUACAAUGUCAAAAACACUUGAAUGGAAAUUUAAAGUCCACAGGAAAUUUUUUAAGCCACAUUAAAAGGGUACACCCAUUUAUGGUCGAUAAAAUUAAAUGCAAAUCGAAUCAAAGAAAACCUGCAAUGAUUUACAUUGAUUUGUCAGCUGACAAGUGUCCCGAAUUAGUUAGAACGAAACGAGGGUACAGAAAAUGUUAUAAAACCGAAUAUCAACCAGGAAAUGAAGAAACUUUUGAUCAAUCCAAUGAAUGGAAUGAAUCUCCAUUAAUUCGGAGACGUAAAUCAGAAGAAGCUGAAUCUAAUGAACUUUUGAAGAUAUCACACAACAAUUCGUUUUUAAUGGAAGAUGAAUUUGAUGCGAUUGGACGAAAUGUGGCAGCAAAACUUAGGAAUAUGAGAUUAGAUCAAAGAAUUAUAGCUGAGAAAUUAUUAAAUGACAUACUUUUUGAAGCACAAUUGGGAAACCUUCACAGAGAUUCUAAUAUACAUGUAUGACAGACAUGUCAUACUCGUUUACCAUCAAGGGCCACAUUAAGUAUUACACAUAAAGUGUCAAGUAUUUAAUUAGUUCUCUGUUGACGAGUGUAAAAGGUAGCCGCCACGAUAAUACAUAAUUUCAAAGUGAUUUUUCUGCAAAGAUUAAGCAGUGAGGUAUAAAUGAUGUGAUGUACUUAUUCUUUAGGUUGCUUUACGAGUAUAAUGCU